AUGAAGGUCCUCCUAUGGAAUUGUCGAGGUGCGGGGAAGCCCUCUUUUGCCCCGGCGUUUCGGAGGUUUGUGCUACAGAACAGACCGAAAAUUUGUAUUCUAUUUGAGACCCGUUUAUCGGGUAGGAGCCUUCAGAAGGCAAGGAGAGUGCUCCCUCGGUCAUGGGGAUUCUAUGCAGUGGAGUCCCGUGGAUUGUCGGGCGGGAUAAUUGUCACGUGGAGGCUGGAGUCGUGUAGAUUGGAUCCGUUUCAUGUUUGUGGCCAAGAGGUGAUCCUGGUGAUCUCGGAGGGCACAGACGAUCCCUGGGUUCUUGCGGCGGUGUAUGCGAGUACUGACUUCAGGGAGAGGCGACGGUUGUGGGAGGAGGCAUCGCAGUUGGUUGCUCAGGGCUUCCCUUUUCUGAUGGCGGGUGAUUUUAAUUGUAUUGUCGACCCUCAGGAGAAGAUGGGGGGUAAGCCUUUCUCCCACGAGAGGAAGGUUAAGGAAUUCGAGGAUUUUUUGACUACAAAUGGGUUGAUUGACUUGGGAUUUACAGGUCCAAGGUUUACAUGGUGCAAUAAUCAACAGGGUCCGGCCAGGGUUUGGGAGAGACUUGAUAGAGCUUGUGCGACAGCUGGAUGGGUCCAGAGGUUCCCGGAUCAUCGCGUUUCUCACUUACCCAGGAUUGCAUCUGAUCACUGUCCCUUGUUGAUGAGCACUGAUGCCUUUGUUCCGGUGCUCCCCCCAUUCAGGUUCGAGAAGAUAUGGCUCUCUUACCCUCGUUCAUGGGAGAUGGUCAGGGAGGCGUGGAGCACUCCAGUGAGGGGUGAUGCCAUGUACCGGGUGUCCAGGAGGUUGGAGUUGGCGAGGAGGAGGCUGAGGAGAUGGAAUCGAGAGGAGGUGGGAGACAUUUUUAGGAGGAUUGAGGAGUCAGAGGAGGCCAUUGUUAGGUUACAGGAUCAGGAGGCUCGCGGAGGGGGUCUGUCAGAUGAGGAUGUGGGGGAGCUUAGAUCCUUACUUGCUCUGCAUGAUGGUCUACUUAGACAGCAGGAGAUUUUUUGGAGACAGAAGGCAAGGGUUCAGUGGAUCAUGGAGGGGGACAGGAAUACCAGGUAUUUUCACCAGGCGACAGUGAUUAGGAGGAAUCAGAACAGGAUCAGAUUUAUUAGGGAUGAGGAGGGGCAGCAGUCGGAGGAGCCGGAGGUGAUACAGAGGAUUCUGGUGAGCUUCUUUAGGAGCAGAUGGACAGAGCAGACUGGUGUAGCGAGCCUAGCAGAUAUUCCUCCGCCAGGGGAGUUGGUCACAGAGGUGGAGAACUCUGAUUUGAUUAGACCGGUAUCAGAGAGGGAGAUCAGGGAGGCGGUGUGGUCCCUCGGAGGGGACAAGGCGCCGGGGCCGGAUGGGUUCCCACCGGUGUUUUUUCAGCGAUAUUGGAUGAUAGUAGGACGGGAUGUGACGGCAGCUAUACAACAGUUCUUCAGUACAGCAGUGAUGGCGGCUGAGUGGCAGAGGACCUUCAUUGCCCUGAUUCCGAAACGACAGGAUGCUACGGAGCCGAGUCAUUUUCGUCCGAUCAGCCUUUGUACGACCUUGUACAAGGUGACGACGAAAAUUCUCGCUAUCAGAUUGAGGGGGGUGCUCCCCAGGCUUAUAUCCCCGGAGCAGGGGGCUUUUUUGGAGGGGCGGAGUAUAUCGGACAAUGUACUCAUUGCUCAGGAGUUUAUGUUUGAUCUUAGCAGAGCUCCGAUGAGGAGAAGCUUGAUGGGGGUCAAGCUUGAUAUGGAGAGGGCUUAUGACAGGAUGAGGUGGGACUUUGUGCAGCAGUCUUUGCGGUUGUUUGGGGUGCAUGAGACAUGGAUCAGAUUCUUGCGGCAGGCAGUGAUGAGUCAGGAGCUGGAGGCUUACAGACCGGUGGAGGGAGCAGUGGCGAUCUCCCAUCUGUUAUUUGCUGAUGAUUGUAUGCUUUUAGCCAGGUCCACGAGACAGUCGGCUCGAGUUAUAGAUCAGAUUCUUCGGGAUUACUGUGCUCUGUCUGGGCAGCAGGUCAAUUUGGACAAGUCCGCUGUUAUCUUUAGUCCGAAGACGCGCGGGGCGCUGAAGCGUUCUAUACUGGAGGUUCUAGGAGUAGGAGAACAGGGGGGCAUGAUGUCUUAUUUGGGGGUACCUUUAUGUGGUCGUCGUCUGAGGAUUAGGGACUGUGUGUCCCUUGUGACUAGCGUCAGACGGAGACUGGAGGGCUGGCAGUCCCAUUCAUUGUCUAUGAUGGGGAGGAUCGUACUGGUACGCUCUGUACUUUCAUCUGUUCCUAUUUAUCUUCUAUCCCAUGUCGAUAUUUCGGUGUCAGUCUUGAGGUCCCUUGAGCAGUUGUUCAGGGAGUUUAUCUGGGGGAGGAGGAGUGGCAGAGGCGGGAUCCACUUGGUGGCCUGGGAGAGUGUUUGCCAGCCGACCAGUGCCGGGGGGCUGGGAGUGCAGUCUUUGAUGACGAGACGGGAGGUGUUAGCGGCGAGGCAUGUUGCCCGAUUUGUGCUUGAGCCAGAGAGUAUGUGGUCCUCAUUGAUGAGGGCCAAAUAUGGUGUCUUGGUGCCUGGGGGGCGGAUGGAGCGUCACCUCUCUCCUACAUGGCGAGUGAUGUGUGCCAGGGCUAUGGUGGUGCUUCCGGAGAUCAGAUGGGUGAUUGGUGACGGGCACUCGAUAGAUGUGCUGGAGGAUAGCUGGGUGACUGAUUGGCCGAUUUGUCGUCUGCCGACCAUGGUGGACUCUGCGAGACUAGCCGGGUGUAGGGUCAGGGAUCUGCUGGAUUCUGAGGGGAGUCAUUGGAGGGUGGGGCUGAUCAGGGAGGUGUUUGGUGAGCAGUUGGCGGAGAUGAUUUUGGCCUUGCCUAUUCCCUCUGGAGGGGUGUCGGAUAGGCUGCUUUGGACUCCGACGGGGCGGUCGCGGGUGAGGGCCAGGGAUCUUUGUGCAUUGUUCUGCAGGACGCCAGCGCGACAGAUUGAGGGAGGAUGGAUUUGGAGAUUACGGAUUCACCCACGGGUGGCACUAUUCAUCUGGAAAGUGGCGUGGGGAUGUCUCCCGACGAGGAGUUUGCUUGUUCGGCGUGGUAUGGGGGUAUCUCAGUUUUGUGAGACGUGCGGUGAUAUCGUAGAGACUAUUGAACAUGUUCUCUUAUUGUGCCCUAGAGCUCGACAGAUUUGGCAGUGCUCUUCGGUUCCCCUGAUUGAUGCGGUAGUCUCGACACAGGAUCUGCUGCGGAUGCUGAGAGAUUCCAUGUCUAGACCCAGGUUGGCAGCAGAGGGGAUAUUGAGGGCGUACCUGUCUUACCACAUUUGGUUGGAUAGGAACGCAGGCAUAUUUGAGGGGAGGCGGGGGCUUCCGAGGAUGGUGGUGGACAGGGCGGCGCGACAUGCGAGGGAGGUUAUGGUGGCUGCCACUGAGUUUUCUUCUGGGAUGGCCAGGGACAUCUGGGGUUCUCCUUUCGCUGUUUCAGCGCCCCUGUUUGUUACUGUCUCUUGGGUUCCCCCACCCCUUGGCUAUCUCAAAGUAAACUUCGAUGGCAGUAGGUCAUUAGACGGGUUGACUGGAGGGGUCGGCUUUGUGAUCAGGGAUCACGGUGGUAGAUUGGUGGCUGCAGGUGGGCGUCGGACACCUGGGAUUACAGUUGUUGGUGCGGAGCUACGGGCUGCUUGGGAGGGGUUAUCCUAUGCCAGGCAGGUUCUUGGCGUCGAGAGGGUGUUCCUCGAGGGAGACUCUGCGGUGGUGAUCGAUUGGAUCCGGGGGGCGGACAGGUUCUACGAUCCAAGAUUCAGGCGAGAAGGAUCUUGGUUUUUGCCAUGGGGAAAUCACCUGGGGAAAUGGAUCAAGACAUUGCUUUUUGGGAAGAAAUCAGCCCGAUCUCAUGCAAUGCAAGGAAGGGAUGCUCUGAAAUCUGUCAAUAAUAAAGGGUAUAUUGGAGAAAAAGGACCUCGUGCUUUGGCUGGGAAUUCUCAGUUUAUUUCCAUACUAAUUAUGCAUUCUGUAUACUGGUUAUUCCUUGCUGAUAUCAAUAUACCUUUUGUGCAGGCACGCAGGGCGUUUCGUGCAUUGAAAGGUAUUAUUAGGCUUCAAGCCCUAAUUCGUGGGCAUCUGGUAAGGAGACAAGCUGUUGCAACCUUACGUGCUAUGCAGGGAAUUGUCAAGUUACAAGCCAUGGUUCGCGGCCAAAGAGUUAGGUUUCUAGCAUUGGAUUCAGAAUACAUGCAAUGCUUGCUCAAGGAAACACUGUGGUCAACAUAUUGUAGUAACUACCUUAUUCCAUUUGCUGCUAGUUGCCACACUUCUUUUCAGGAUGCUAAACCCUUGAAUUCUUGGAAGGAGAAACUCUUGACAAAUGCAUUUCUUUGCAAGCUUCUUUCUUCAUUGCUUGUUGCAAAGCCUCUGCAAGUACAGUAUGAUCGGGACCCCAAUUCAGUCUUUAGUUGGUUGGAGAGAUGGACAUCCACUCAUUUGAAGCCGCUUUCACAGCCAAAAAAGGCAACUGAUUCAAAAUCUCAGCCAAGAAGGUGGAAUUAUGCUAUGGAAACUGAAUCAGCAGAUCAAAGCGCAAUUCGUAGGAAUUCAGCUUUGAAUGUUGACUCUGCUCAAACCAAUGUCGCAUCUGAACCUGAAAAAACAAAACGCAACCUGAGAAAAGUUUCUGGCUCUCCUGCUGACUCAGUACGGGAACCUCCACAGACUGAACUUAAGGUCAAGCGUAAUCUGAGAAAGAUAUCUAAUUCCAUCACAGAGGCUUCUGACUGUCUAGGUGGUGGAAACUGUUUUGGAUCUACAGUAGCAGAGGGACCUGCUGAGACCUUGCCUGUCGAGUAUUCCACAACUGAAUCGCAUCAAUUGCAGAGCAUCGACAACGAAGAGAAGGCUUUGGGUGACUGGGAGUUACGAUCCAAGGAAGAACAACCUUGCCUCGAGAACCAAAUCCAGCCAAGAAGGUCUUCCUUCUCAGAAAGAUCAGAAUAUGCUGAAAAUGGUUUACAGAACACUCCAGUCUUGCCAAAUUAUAUGGCAGCAACUAAAUCUGCAAAGGCCAAAUUACGGGGACAGAUUUCGCCAGUUGGCUCAGAUUCAGUUGACAAAAAUGGAAUCACUCGUCGUCAUUCUUUGCCAUCUUCUACCAAUGGCAAGUUGAACUCACACUCACACGGAUGACUAGUUCCAGCUAAUGGAAAGGGGGAAAUAGAAGUCUCUUUCAUCUAGAGAUGGACAUGAAAGGGCAAUUCAAGUAGAAUGGAGACGGUGAUGGAAGAAUGGGAAUUCGAAUAUAGCUUUGCAUGAGAGGUAAAUGUUCUAAGUUUGUCUGCAGUUUUUUUCAUUAUUGUUUGUCUUGUGGUGUAAAGUUCUGCUAUCAUCCCCAACUAGUUUGAUGAAUAACUGGAGUAUGGCGUGUUUGAUCCCGUCUUGUUGUUGGGUUCAUGUGUGUUAUGUAUAGCUAAAAGCAUUUUACAUUCGGUUGGAUUUCUUUGAAACUGCUAGUUUUACUCUUACAUUUAUUCUGUAAUAGGACCACCAAGGGAAAACAUGUCACUCAAAUGCUCUUUCAUCUGAUUAGGACAUCUGCAUUUCUAU